GCGGGCUGUCACAGGCGCCCGACGCGCGCUGCAGGUGGCAACUUGGAGGUGCCGCCGUCACCGCCGCGGGAGUAACCCGGGUCUGGCGGCCCCUUCCAGCCUCCGACAGCCCUUUCCCGCCGCCGAACCCGAGACUGGAUCCGGGAGAAUCAGAAGGAAAAAGCCGCUGCGCAGGGACCUGUGAGCCGCUCUACCUCUCUUGUGCCCUUGCGCUACUUUUUUUCUUGGAGGAAGGUUGUGCCUGGGGGCUGCGAACGAGCUCCUGGAGGGACUGGAGAGGAAGGCUUCGGGUGACCCAGACUCAGAAUCCAAGCCGGAGCAGGAGGCCGAGCCCCAGGAGGCGGCGGGGGCUCAGGGGCACGCGGGGGCGCCGCAGGGGCCGGGGCCCGACCCCAGCAGCGAGGAGCAGCACCAGGCCCUAGAGCAGUUCCAGGCCGCGGCACACAGCACCCCGGUGAGGAAGGAGGUCACUGACAAGGAACGGGAGUUCGCUGCUGGGGCUGCGAAACAGCUCGAAUAUCAGCAACUGGAAGACGAUAAACUUUCUCAGAAGUCAUCUAGCAGUAAGCUAUCUCGAUCUCCAUUAAAGAUUGUCAAAAAGCCUAAAAGCAUGCAGUGCAAAGUGAUACUUCUGGAUGGGUCAGAAUACACCUGUGAUGUGGAGAAACGCUCCAGAGGCCAGGUGCUGUUUGAUAAAGUAUGUGAACAUCUGAAUUUGCUAGAAAAAGACUAUUUUGGGCUUACGUAUCGAGAUGCUGAAAACCAGAAGAAUUGGCUGGACCCUGCUAAGGAAAUAAAAAAACAGAUUCGAAGUGGUGCUUGGCACUUUUCAUUUAAUGGUGAAUUUUACCCACCAGACCCCGCCCAGUUAUCCGAAGAUAUCACCAGGUACUACCUCUGUCUACAACUGCGAGACGACAUCGUGUCCGGAAGGCUGCCCUGCUCCUUUGUCACCCUGGCCCUGCUGGGCUCCUAUACCGUCCAGUCCGAACUUGGAGACUACGACCCAGAUGACUGUGGGAAUGAUUACAUUAGUGAGUUCCGCUUUGCGCCAAACCACACGAAGGAACUGGAAGAUAAAGUGAUCGAGCUGCACAAGAGCCACAGAGGAAUGACGCCAGCAGAAGCAGAGAUGCAUUUCUUGGAAAAUGCCAAAAAACUGUCCAUGUAUGGGGUUGAUUUACAUCAUGCCAAGGAUUCUGAAGGAGUAGAAAUUAUGUUAGGAGUUUGUGCGAGUGGUCUGUUGAUAUAUCGUGACCGCCUGAGGAUCAACAGAUUUGCCUGGCCUAAGGUUCUAAAAAUUUCGUACAAACGGAACAACUUUUACAUUAAGAUCCGGCCAGGAGAGUUUGAACAAUUUGAAAGCACCAUUGGGUUUAAGCUGCCAAACCAUCGAGCUGCCAAGCGUUUGUGGAAAGUGUGUGUUGAACACCAUACAUUUUUCAGACUGUUGUUACCAGAAGCACCUCCAAAGAAGUUCCUGACCUUGGGCUCCAAGUUUCGUUAUAGCGGCAGGACACAAGCCCAAACAAGGAGAGCCAGUGCGUUGAUAGACCGCCCUGCCCCUUACUUCGAACGCUCGUCCAGCAAACGCUAUACUAUGUCUCGCAGUUUGGAUGGAGCGUCAGUGAAUGAAAAUCAUGAAAUAUACAUGAAGGAUUCUGUGUCUGCUGCAGAGGUUGGUACUGGCCAGUACGCCACAACAAAGGGCAUCUCUCAGACCAACUUGAUCACCACUGUGACUCCAGAGAAAAAGACCGAGGAGGAACGGGACGAGGAAGAGGACAGACGGAAAAAGGCGGAAGAAGUCACGCCGGUCGCGGCAGUACGGCACGAGGGAAAGACCGACAGUGAGCGCACGGACACCGCGGCCGAUGGGGAGACCACCGCCACUGAGUCGGACCAGGAGGAAGACGCAGAGCUCAAGGCACAGAAUAGUCUGAUUAAGCGAAUAAAGGGUGAAAAUGUGUAUGUCAAACAUAGUAAUCUUAUGUUAGAGGAGCUAGAUAAAACUCAAGAUGACCUGAUGAAACAUCAAACCAAUAUUAGUGAGCUGAAAAGAACCUUUUUAGAAACCUCCACAGACACUGCCAUCACGAAUGAAUGGGAAAAGAGGCUUUCUACCUCCCCCGUGCGACUAGCCGCCAGGCAGGAGGAUGCGCCCAUGAUCGAACCGCUGGUCCCUGAAGAGACCAAAGAAGAAAGAGACAUUUCUGAAAAAGUUAAAUUUUUGCAGCAAGGAAGCUCUCCAUUCCUUGAGUCUCAGCCGAGUCUGAUACAGAAAAUGCAGGAAGGAGACUCUGCGGGUUCUGUGGUUACCUCUCGCCAAAUCAUUUUCCAGAAAACUGUCCCAUCGACCCUAGAGGGCACAGAGGAUUGGGUUAUUGUAGACAAAGUACCCACUGAGGUAGUUGACGGUGAUUCGAGAAAGAUUGUGACUUACAAGGUGGUGACCGUGAGCAGUAGAAGCGGUGACAUCCCCGCUGAUCUGUUAAGAUCCGGUGCCCUUGAAAUGCAGAGCUUCGAUGACUUGGCCCGGGAAAUGCAGUUGAGAGGAGAAAGCAAACAGAAAAUAUACACUCUGGGCAAAUCCUAUGACACAGUAUCUGGGAAGAUCGUUACCAUGACUGGAAAAGGCAAGGAAGGGGAGAAGGGAGUGCAGCCCUGCAGUCUGGAAGCCUUUCAGAAAACAGACACAGGAUUGUCAGAGUCCGUGAAGGUCAUUCCAGUCAUGGCUGAUUAUGAGGUCCUGGAUGCCGUCCCUGAUGAUAAAUCCAAAAGGGUUCCUGAGGUCCACACCCCCAAACGGAAAUUGUCUGAAUCCCUGGCUCCCAUCCAGGAAGCCGAGUCCCGGCGGCCAAGCCCUGAGGAAGAAGAGCUGCAGAAAGCCCCGAUGCUGGGCCGGGACACGGGACCCCACAUGGGGCCGGACAGCAUGCGCCUCAGCAGGACGGAGCUGCUGCCUGAGGGCGAGGUCUUGAAAGUGGGGCUCUUUGGUCCCAGGCGGAAGAGCCUGUCUGAGUGGAGAUACUCCCAGGAGCCGGCCGUCACCGUGGCCACUGCUCAUUACGUUACAGAGUCGGCCACGUCCCGAGUUGUGACUAAACAGUCUUCUGCUGAAAAGCUCAUGGAUGGCUCUGAAAUCUUCAGUUUAUUAGAGUCUGCAAGAAAACCAACAGAAUUCAUAGGAGGGGUUACUUCUACUUCUCAAAGCUGGGUUCAGAAAACGGAAACCAAGACGGGGUCCAGCAAGACCGAGACGGAAACAAGCCAGCACCCCGAGCCUCUGAGCACCGAGAAGGUUGUGCAGGAAACCGUGUUGGUGGAGGAAAGACAUGUGAUGAAUGUGCAUGCGAGUGGGGAUGCUUCUUACGCAGCUGGAGAUGACGUGGACGCUGUAGCCCAGGCAACGUCUGCCGACGCUUCUAGCUUAAAAGGGAAGGAGGGUUCUACUCUGAUGGAGGGGGCUAAGGAGGAGAAGAGGAAGGUGGCCGAUAAAGCUGUCCUCGAACAGGAAGAGACAGCCACUGCCUCCCACGAGCCAGAGGAGCAGCAGAGUGCAACAAUCCACGUUUCUGAAACUUGGGAACAAAAACCACAUUUUGAGUCAUCAACCGUGAAGACAGAAACCAUCAGCUUUGGCAGUGUUUCACCAGGAGGCGCAAAGCUAGAACUUUCUACCAAGGAGGUGCCGGUCGUUCACACGGAAACAAAAACCAUCACGUAUGAGUCAUCACAGGUUGAUGCCAGCGCUGAUUUGGAGCCGGGCGUGCUCAUGAGCGCACAGACGAUCACAUCUGAAACCACCAGCACCACGACCACCACCCACAUCACCAAAACUGUGAAAGGAGGCAUUUCAGAGACGAGAAUUGAGAAGCGGAUAGUCAUCACAGGAGAUGCAGACAUUGACCAUGACCAGGCGCUGGCUCAGGCAAUUAAAGAGGCCAAAGAGCAGCACCCUGACAUGUCAGUGACCAAAGUAGUGGUCCAUAAAGAGACAGAGAUCACACCGGAAGAUGGAGAGGAUUGACCUCAGGAAUAACUUAGCCUGCACAUGAAUCCAGUCAUGCAAACCGUUAGGAAAACCAGAGCCUAUAUGGAGUUCCCUCUUCUAACCCAACUGACUUGUAUCUGCCCAUGGAAAAUUUCAAUCCAGAAGAACUGACCUUGACCAUUAAUAAAGACACUGGCAGAGAGAUCUUCCCAUAAUAAAGCAAUCCGAAUCAGCAUCACAAAACUGAUACUGCAUGAAGCAACGAUAAAAUUACAAAAGAGUAGCAUUUUUAAUUUCCACCAAGUGUCUAAGUUUUCAGCUAUACCUGCACGUUCAUAACCAACAAUAUAAACCGUGAUCUCAUGUAACACAUAAACAAUUCAUGCCUUUCAUAGUUUAUUAUUAAAGUCUAAACAAAAAUUGCAAUUUCUUAGGUGACAGAUCUUUUGUUUACAGACAAAUGAAGAUUACCCUAAAAUGCUAGAAGCUGUCUAGGUCUAAUGUGUCAGGUUUAUUCCAGAUUAGAUGUGCCAAUAACCGAGUUUAUUCAGUAAACAACUUGAAUCUUGUACUUGUCUCACCUGGUUUUAUUACUCUCACCCAUACACAGCAACGACUCUCAAUCCUCCGGAAAUAUUUAAUGCUUACAAUCCUGCUUUGUGUAUCUAAUUUAAUUCGUUAUAAGGUAGUAUUGAUUUUAGCAUAUUAAUGUGAUUUCUUCCUUGUUCGCUUUGGUCUGCGUCCAACCUGGAAAGCUUCCAAGAGUUCCCUAACAAGCCCUAAAUAUGUAAAUUGUCAUUAUUUGGGGGAAGAAAACCUGUUUCUCUUAGUUUACAAUAUUAUGAAAUUUCACUCCGGAAUGAUCUGUUGGGCUUCUGUUGCAUUGUUUUCUCUCUUCGUUUCUUCUUCCUUGUGUUUUUAAGUUGAUUUUUCUUCUUUUACUUGAAAAAAAAAAAAAGUGUUUUAUUUCCAAAUCUGGUCCACAUUUACAAUCUAGUUCAGAGCCAAGCCUUAAAUUGUACAGAAUUUCCACUGUAAUUAAACUAUUUAGUGUUUAGUUAUAAAUAGCCUUCAAAAAGAUAUAUUCUCCAUUACACUGUCAACUGCAUCACACAGCCCAUGGUGAAUGUAUGUUUCUGCAUAGCGAAAUAAAAAUGGUAAAUGCAUUUAAA